UCCCUAUCUGUUCAUGCUUAUAUCUUUUUGUAUCUCUUUCUUUUUUUCCCCAGUAAAAUCUCCCUUAACGCUGAUUCCUCCUGGCAGUUCAGUUAAAGCGUGCCUUAAAUACAACCGCCGACUGAAUGUUCCACCCAUAUUAAAAUCCCCAUAUAUAUCACACAGCCAGUGAACAUGUAAACACCGUUAACAGCAAACCGCCAAAAAUAAUCACAGUCAUCAUAAAAGUGCAGUAAUGAAGCUCCACAUAUUUGCCCUACAGAAGCGUCACUAAAGACUCACAAACUGUCCAAACACACACACACAGACAUGCACACAAACGACUCCCUCAGCUCUCUCUCAUACACACACAUGGGAACUCUGAUCUCCGAGGACAAAUUCAGCACUCGGGGACACAUCGACCUGAGAAAAACAAGCCCAACGGUCAUAAUGAGAGGCUUUUUUUAUUAGAGAUGCACAAAAGAAGGCAGAUGCUCGGCUUCGGAUAAUCACAGCCCUCCCUAUUUGUUGCAUGUCAUCCGUGGAUUCUGAGAUCAAAUGUGAUGCAAUCAUGCGUCUUUGGAAUACCUGUAGGCGUUAGUGAAUCAUUAAGCACCACACAUACACACACACUUUUUUUUGCACGAUAAAACCCAUAGAAAUGCACAAGCGACGCACACAUUCUUGCGCACUUGAGGAACAAUAAGAGACUGAAGUUGCUUUAGCGGCGCUGUGGGUGUUGUUUGGCAUCCGGGCUGGAGGAGCCAGUAACACAGAGGAUGCGUCAGGAAGCAUGAGUGCUGCCGGAAAGGGGCAUGACAUGAUCUGUCAGAAGGCUGUGUCCCUCAUAGUUGACCUCUGUACGCAGGACAGCCCCCGGCUCGAUCACAACACCUGUGAGGAGUUCCUCUUUCUCAUCUCCAGUCAAGAGUACAACCGCAACGACUCCGACGUCUCUGUUGGCCUGCCGGUAGGUGUGAUAAUCGUGUGUGUCCUGGCACUGCUGCUGCUCGCCUCAUUCGGCUCCUGGAAGCUCUGCUGGAUCCCCUGGAGGAAUAAAGCCCUGUCGUCCAGCUCUGCUGCCCUCGCUCCGGACGACUGCCCCUCGCCUCACAUCCCAUCUGUUCUGCCCAGUCCUCAGCCGUCCGAGGCCAUGGCGACGGAGAAGGAGAAGUACCCGAUGGCAUCCAUGGGCUUCCUGGAAGCUGCUGUUAAAAUCAGCCACACGUCUCCAGACAUCCCGGCCGAGGUGCAGCUCUCCAUGAGAGAACACUUUCUGAGGAGGACACAGCGCAUGCAAAGGCAGACCACAGAGCCUGCCUCGUCCACCAGGCAUAGCUCUUUCAAACGCCACCUUCCCCGUCAGAUGCAGGUAAGCAGUCUGGACCUGGGGGAUGACUACGACGUGGACGAGCAGCCGACCAGCAUCGGCCGCAUCAAGCCUGAACUCUACAAACAGAUGACCACAGAAAACGACGAGUCCGCCAACAGCAAAGGCGGGAAAAACUGUGGCAAGAUCAACUUCUCCCUCCGGUACGACUAUGAGAACGAAAUGCUACUAGUCAAAAUUCUCAAAGCUUUUGAUCUGCCGGCCAAGGAUCUCUGCGGCAGCUCUGACCCGUACGUUAAAAUCUACCUGCUGCCCGACCGCAAGCAGAAGUUUCAGACGCGAGUCCACAGAAAAACACUCAACCCUACGUUUGACGAGUCUUUCCAGUUUCCUGUGCCGUACGAUGAGCUGGCAGUCAGAAAGCUCCAUCUCAGCGUUUUUGACUUCGACCGCUUCUCUCGGCAUGAUAUGAUCGGAGAGGUCAUUCUGGACAAUCUGUUUGAAGUGUCUGAUCUCUCGAGGGAGACGUCCAUCUGGAGAGACAUUCAGUAUGCUACCUCUGAGAGUGUGGACCUUGGGGAGAUCAUGUUUUCACUCUGCUAUCUACCUACUGCAGGCAGAUUAACACUCACAGUCAUCAAGUGCAGGAACCUGAAGGCCAUGGAUAUUACAGGAUAUUCAGAUCCCUAUGUGAAAGUAUCCCUCAUUUGUGACGGCAGACGUCUGAAAAAGAAGAAGACCACAACAAAGAAAAACACCCUGAAUCCAACGUAUAAUGAGGCCAUUAUCUUCGACAUCCCUCCUGAGAGUAUGGACCAAGUCAGCUUGCACAUCUCAGUCAUGGAUUAUGACCUUGUGGGCCAUAAUGAGAUAAUCGGUGUGUGUCGUUUGGGCUGUGGUGCUGAAGGUUUGGGCCGAGACCACUGGAAUGAGAUGCUUGCGUACCCCCGUAAGCCCAUUGCACACUGGCACCCCCUGCUGGAGUCCAAGAAAACAGAAAAAGAGUGGAAAGCCAGAACAGCUAGUUUUGACAGUCAGGGGUCUUGUCCUUCCCCCAAACCUCCUGCCAGCCCUUGAUCAGAGCCAUAUGUUAAAUAAACUCCAGGCUCGGCAUCCUCGCAGUUGUCCGUCCGUCUGUCCGUCCGAUGAAAGCGAGAGCUAUUUCCACCUCCCCAUAUAUGGGUUGUUUUAGAUGGUUCCCAAACACUGAUCUAAGACCAGACCUGGCUGUCUUUGCCCCACCGAUGUUCCUCACGUUCAAGCUGCUCUCAGUCGAUAAUCAGAGGUUUCGUACAAACCUCUGCACCUACAAUGGCAACGUUGUGUACCUAGAAUAGCUUGAUAUCGUCAGCGGAGAUGUUUCUUUCCAUAUGAAUUUUCCUCAAGCGUUUGAAAUCUGAUGCUGCGUACUGAAAGUGUGGAGACGAGAGUUUCCACACAAUGUUGCAAGAUCUUAAAACUUUAGAACUGCUGGAAAUUCUAAAAAUGAGGACUGGCAUGUAAAAGCUUGAUGUUUUGUAGGAGAAAAGAGGAAAAUGGAUGGGUCUUGUGCUGUGUACUACCAACAAAACGUUUUCUUUGUGGAAUCCUCGUGUGAAACCUGUGUGGAGGUAAACGUUUUAUGAAGAAUAUUCAUAUAUUUAUCAGUUUAUAGAUGUCGUGUAAAUGUUAUGUGUGAAAAGAGACUCUCUAAAAGGAUCAGAGCACAACAAACUUUUUCCUAUCUAUUUAUUUCUUGCCAAAAGAAAGACGGUUUACAUGUGAAGAAAGUUCAGUUCGACGCUCCACAUGUAGCUGAAUAUAUUUGCGUUAAUAUUCAAACUAGAGUACAAAAGUGAGCAUUUAAGGAUAAAAGUGCUGAAGUAUUCAUAGAAAUGCGUCUUGAUUUAUGUUUUUUUUUUUCACUGGUGUAAUGGCAUUUAAAGAGGUGCAGAUGUGUUUCUGCUUCUUAGUAGCUCUGCUGUUAAUAGCAAUUCAGUUCCUGUUUGAAGCUAUCCCGCUGCUUCAAGUACCCGCUGACAUCUCCAUCUUUUGACAUGUCAUUUUAUUGCGUAUCAAACUGUCAAGGUUUACCAUAUUUGACCUGUUGUCUUGGAAAAUGUCUUGCAUAUAUAAUGUAUGCUUCAUAUUGUGUACUGUAUAAGAUCAGGGUUGAUAUUACAAUAAAUAUAGAUUUAGAGGUAAUUAACUAACAUUCGUCUUCAGAAUCACACAUUUGUUUUGUUUUAUUUAAUGAUAAAAAAAUACACCGUAAUGGUUAUGUGUAGGAUAAAAGUAGGCAAAUGGUACAGUCUGGAUCCAGCAGUACUGUAAAGCAUGGAAAAUAUAUAUAUAUAAACUAAUAUUCUAUUAUACUGUAUGGGUCAAAGACGAGAUGGACGAUUUUAGAUCGAAUUAAAAGUACAAAACGGAAAAAAAAUCUAUUAAAUGAAAGGGUCUACUUGGAUGUUUGUAAAAAAAAUGUUCAAAUAUCUUUGAAAUAAUACUUUGUUGUCAUUUAGUGUAACUUACAUUUUAAGUAAGCAAUAGGCAACAUAAUUAUUUUUACUUAUUAAAAUCUAUCAAACAAUAUGCCAGCAUACACAAUAUAAACAAUGUUAAUGAUUAAAUGGGUAAAACCUAUUGUUUGAGGGAUAGUGGCAGUGGUUGAAGACACAAAAGGUAAAUGAAUUAGUAUUUUGGGGCUGAAAAAGAUUUUUGGGACCUAAACUGUUAUACUGAAUGACAUUAUAGUAUGUGUCUUUAGUAAAUCAUGGUAAAAUUGUUUAGAAGUCAAGAACAUUUACUCAGAAAAACGUAUUAAAUUUAGUCAGGACACAUUCUAAUGUGGAAAAAAAAAACAUUUUAAAGCUGUAUUAUACUAAUUGUUGUAAUGCUUGAAAAAAAACUUUCGUCUUUGACCCAUAUAUACUGUAACUGUCACCUGAACAGUUUCUCAGAAAAAAAAAAAGUUCAGCAGAGCUAAACAGGUAAUUAAACAAUAUUGUUACUAUUUAUAUUCUUUAAAAAAACAUCUAUUGCUGCAGAUACUUUAUUCAAUUAUUCCUGCAGUUUCUGUGUUUUUAUUUUAAAUGAAUUUUCCAGCCUGAUUUUAUGAGAAAACUUAAGUAUUUUACGCUUUGCCAGUUUAGUGGCUAACUUGUAUGAAUUUAUACAGAGUUCAGUCGGAUAAAAAUGUAUGAUUUUAAAAAGGAGGCGUGGCACCCAACCAUGCCCUUAAACCUAACUGUCCUUGGGUGAUGAGCAAAUCGUACUAAAUUGCACAAAUUAGAUUGUACAAAUUCAUCAAAAUCGCUCCUGAAUCAAAAAGUUACGAAUUGUGGUGAGAUUGCAUUGGAUUUUCUUUCAUAAUGACACAGAUUAACCUGGAAUUGAAAUGUAAAUGACACACAUGCUUAGGCAAACCCCUGCUAAAUUAUAUAUUUUAAUCAUUGUAGUUAGUCAAAUAUUCAUAAAAAAAAUCGAACCAUGCUAGCUACAUACAGUUCAAGACCAAAUUUAUAGCCAUCCUGUGAAAUUAUUAUACUUUUUCAAAUAUUCUCCAAAUGCUGUUUAAUGGAGAGAAUCUAAAAAAUAAAAUUAAAGUAGACCACUUUUUCUCCUGAGAAAAACAUAAUAGGAAAAUAGUAUGAAGUGUCCUUGCGUAGUAAAACACCACUUAGGAAAUAUUUGAAAAUGAAUUCAAAUUUCACAGGAGGGCUAAUUGUUUUGUUUUUAACUGUAUGGUGGAAAUGAUUAGCAUAAAUGCACAUAAAUGACAUUUACUUCAAAACUUCAAACACUGAAUGAUAUUUCAAAUGUGUUAAGAAAAGGCAUCUGUCAAAAAUGUAUAAAAUCCUUAACAAAACUUAAUAUACUAUGCAGGAAAAACUGAACAAAACUCUGGAUACCCAAGCAACGACUUUACAUUCAUCUCCAGUUGUUGAAAUAUCUUGAAAUACACACGGCACUAUUUUACAUAAUGUCCUUCCAUCGUCACAUAGGGUAGUUAAGCUUUAAAUAUUUCUACAUAGCAAAGCAGAUUUAAUAUUUUAACAGAAUCUUUCAAAAUUCCAAGUCAAGAAAUGGUUGUGACUAAGUACGAAUUUUUGGUCCUGUUUUUACAAUCUCGCCGAUGUUGUAAUACUCCUAUAAUAUAGAGUGUGUUAUCUGUAGGUGAAUGUGAAGUUAAUGCGGUUUCGAUCUGGUUCUUUACCUCAUCACUAACUUCUGUGUGCUGGUGUUUUAAUAAAUUGUUUAUGCCCCCUUGUGAAUCUGAACAACUUUCUAAUUUUGUAUCAAUCAUUUGUACUUGCAAUCUAACUUGUAAUGUUUGAAAAGGUUCUUGUACUUCAAAAAUGCCAAAAUAAAUUGUUGGUUGAGUCA